CACGUGGCUGCCGUGGCAACGAGGCCCGCCCGCGGCAGCCCCUCCCCGUCCCGGCCUCCGUGAGGCGGAAGCGGCCGCCGGGCCCUGGCUGGCCAUGGCCGGCGCCCUGCUGGCCCUGCUGGCCCUGCUCUGGGGCUCGCAGGUUUUAAUAGCAUUUGAUUACUUCUCUCCUUGGAAGGGACAGCAGCAGAUGUACAAGCUGGACAUAGGCUGGCCUAAAAUUCCAGAAUACUUCACUGGCCAAACAUUUUGUGUUGCUGUUGACUCUCUUCAUGGUUUGGUCUAUGUGGGACAAAGAGGAGACAAUGUGCCAAAGGUACUUGUAUUUUCAGAGGAAGGCUAUUUUCUUUACUCCUGGAAUAAUACAGUUGAAAUGCCUCAUGGUAUCUUUGUAUUGAACACUGCAACAGAUAGUUCAGUAUGGAUCACAGAUGUUGGAACAGGGAAAUAUGGGCACACCGUGAAACAGUAUAGCCCUUCGGGUAAACUUAUGCAGAUCUUGGGCACGCCAGGUAAUGCUGGUUCAAGUUUGAUUCCCCUACAAUUUGAUCAACCAGCAGAGAUCUUUGUAGAGGAGAGUGGAGAUAUCUAUGUUGUGGAUGGGGACGGAGGAAUGAACAACAGAUUGCUCAAACUAUCCAACGAUUACAAAGAGAUAUGGCUGACUGGAACAAAUGGGACCGGCAUUGGUCAGUUCAAGAUUCCUCACAGUGUAACAGUGGAUCAUUUUGGACGGGUAUGGGUUGCAGAUAGAGACAACAAAAGAAUCCAAGUUUUUGAUAAAGUCACAGGGGAAUGGCUCGGGUCUUGGAGCAGCUGUUUUUCAGAAGAUGGACCCCAUUCUGUCCGAUUUACUGGCAAUUACAAAUACUUGAUCGUAGCUCAGCUGAAUAUCAACCGGUUAGCAGUCUUGGCAGCACCACCGGUUGGCUCUAUUGGGGACUGUGUUAUGGUCAACACAGUCCAGCUGGCAGAUGAAACCAAACCACACCUUGUGGAUGUAGACAUGAAGAGUGGAGCAGUCUAUGUUGCAGAGAUUGGAGCCCAGCAAGUACAAAAAUACGUACCCUUAAGCUGAUGGUUUCCCACAACUGCCGUGGCACAAGCGCUGUGACAUAUAAGACCUAUGACCACAUUUCCUUGAGUUCUCUGUAGCUUGUGUUUCCUUCAACAAGCACAGAACAUGCCCCCAGAACGCUAGAGCUAAGAAUCUGUCCUAGCUGUUCUGCAGUCCUGGAGAAGUACUUGGUCUUGAGCUGUCACUCAUUUUAGUAAUGCUGUGGUGCCUUUUGCUUUUGUUGCUGGCAACUGUAAAAUGACUUUGAUAAGCAUCUUAAUUUUAUUAUAUAAAACUUUACAAACACAGCUGCUGUUCUUAAAUGUAUAGGGUCAUCUUGGCAUCCUCUACUUAAGCUUGUGUGUGUUGUUAAAUGAAGGUCAGAACUGUCUGAAAGAAGUGUAUAAAUGAUUUCCUAGGAGGCGAGCACCUCAUUUCAAUGUUUCUUCUCUUGUUUUUUUUUAAUCAUUGCGCUGAUACUGCCCAACACUGAAUAUAGGGAUGUGUUAUGAUGUUGAAUAAGAUGCUGUGGGGUACCGGUGUCAGUGCUGAUACUGGCACCUGCCUUAGGUGGUUAACGACAUAAGCAUUGAAAUCUAAGUUUUCAGCUCUAGCUAAAGUGGUAAAGUCUAUAAUAAGCUUAAGUUAAAUUGAUAAUCAGGCACUUCAAAUGAAAUUAAAAGUAUGUGCACAGCAGCCAAGUACUGAUUCUUAACUAAAUCAAUUCUUAAUCUGAUUUGAUUUAUAUCAGCAUGAGUUUUCUGUUCCACAAGAUUUCAUAGUGGUACAUAUUGAAGUUCAACUCAUUUUAAGUUCCUCAAGAUAAACAAAUUGUGAUUUGCUAGGAAAGUCUUAAUCAGCAUUAGGGACUGGGAGAUGCAGAUUUUCUCCCAAUUUUGUUGAAGCUCUGUCAGUUAACAGAAGUGCAUCUGUUUUGAUUUGGGGAUUUUUAACUGUUUUAUAUCCAGAAUUUGGACUUCAUCAACUCCAUUAAUGUCUAAAGUUAAGUUUCUUAUGCUAUAGCCUAGGAGAUGUCUCCAUGCUCUGUCCUAAAAAAUGCUGUCUUUUUCCAUUCCCAAUUCAGAGUGGUUCUGUUUUCUUUACAUGUUGCUACAAGAUUUUAAGUUAGUUCACUUUAUAGGAUAGAGGGAACUGGGUAUAGGAAAAUGGGAUGGGGAAAAUGGCAUGGCAGAAAUGAGACAGUGAAUAACUGAUUACCUCUGUAAAGCUGUGGACUCACAUUCCAUAUUUAUUUACUAGCUCUUCAAAACACUUGGGAGGAUUUUUGCUGUUUUCACACACAUAUUUUACUGUGUGGGCUAUUUUAAUGCUAAUUACCAGCUAAAACAGACAAUUUUUUUUUCUACUUCCUUAGAAAGGGAAUAUGGGAAGUAGAAUUAUUCUGAUGGGAAAUACCUGAUUCAGUGAAUGUUAUCAAAAGCAAAUGCUGCUUAAUUUGGCAGGUUUCAACCUAUGAUCACAAAUUUGUGGGUCAGCAGAUGGAAAAUCUGUCCAGAAAAGUCAGAUUCAUAUUUUCUGUGGAAAUUAACUCAGCUGUGGAGCCUGCUGGCCUGAUUUCAGUACUAUUUGAGGUUACUGCACUAAAUGUGAAUGCUUUGUUGUUGGCUAUAUCCACAAGAACAAAAGCAGAUCUUGCCUGGCUGCCCACAUGCAAGCUUUAGAACCAGAACUUCAGGGUUAUACACUAGCAAACAUGGUCCAUGAUUCACAUGGUCUUGAAUGGGAGCUAGUAAGCAAUAUUUAUUAGCUGAAAAAGUAGCAGUACUUCUGCUAGACCUAGAUGGAUAGGUCCACAUUGCUUUGCGGUGUGUUGUAUGGAUUUUCUAACUAGUUCUUCACUAGCUCAGGGAUCUCUGCUCUGUGUGCAAUUUAGCUAUUUCUCACCUACACAAGAUGGAUUUCUUUCUAAAAAUAUUACUAUAAUAUCAUUAACUAUAUUUGAGUAUAUCUUGGUGUAAGGGGUCCGGCCAUAUCCAUCCUUCCUUACCACAUCCUCUCCUUAUUUGUUUUUCCUUUGUCACUUCCAUUUGAAACAGAACUCGAAGCUCUCUGGGAACAUGAUCAGUAAAGGAGCAGUGCGCUUUUGGAUGUGGAUGAAUAAGUUACUUUUACACAAGUUUCUGUUUGCUGCGUGGAUCUGCUUUCAACUCUUUUUACAUGGGCUUUUGCAGCCCCUAGAAGUGGGGAGCGUUCAUCCAGUUUUGUCUGGAUUUACUGAAAUAGGCCAUGGUACCAAAAUGUGCCUUGCCUCUAGGAAUUUGGGUAUCUGUGAUAAGAAAGGGUGCUCAUUAUUAACUAGUAUGAGGUGGUUAGACUCCUUGUUACCUCUGCGUCUAUGACCAGACUGAGAAAAUGAUUGAUUGUACACUAACUUGCUAAUUUUCUGAAGGUUUUCUUAUGUAUCGUCUCAAAACUGAUUUCUGAAAAACUGUAUACUAGGAUAAUUUGAUAAAAUAAAUCAAGAAUUUCACAUUA